AGUACAUACAAUUAAUUACCCAGUGUAAGACAUUCUUAUCUUUUUAUCUCUCUGUUCGGGGAUUUGAUUGGUAGUCAAUAUACCGAUUGUUGCCUCUCGCGCGCACCACGUGCUCAUUGGUGCUUUGGAGAUGAGUUUUGAUGUAGAUGAGUUACGGUAAAAUUGUUAAGGAACCUGCUCAAAGAUUUGUUUACCUGUAUGAUAAGGAACUCCAAUUAAAAACACUCAGAUAUGUUCUCGCCUGCUGGUCGAUAAAUCUGCUAGGAUGCCGAGAUCUCCUCAUUUUUCAUACCUUUCAAAAAACUGUGCUUGAUUUUUAUAAACAUGGACAUAUGGAGCUGAAGGAUCGGAUGCAUCAUAAGACAAAAUGACACGAAUAAAGCCGAGAGCAACCGAAUACCUAUAAAAGUUAAAACUAACAUUUAAGUAACUCUGAUGGGAAUAAUAUUUGUGAGUGUUAAGGAUGCCUUUUCUGGCCUUACUGUGUCUGUCCUUUCUUCCUUUGAUGUCCUACUGUGUUAUACCAGACGAACAACGCUUACUAGAGUCUUUAUUGUCGGACUAUAACCCUGCUGCUCGUCCUGUCUUUAAUGCUUCACACAUUCUUCUUGUUAAAUUUGGAAUAACUCUGGCGCAGAUAUCAGAUAUGGACGAGGUCAACCAAGUGCUCACUACCAGUGUAUGGUUAGAACAGGAAUGGCAAGAUGAACGGUUAAUUUGGGAUCCCUCAGAUUAUAAUGGACUUGAGACUUUGCGUAUGCCUUGUGAUAAAAUCUGGCUUCCGGACAUAGUAUUGUAUAAUAGCGCUGAUGAUUACACUUCUGGAUAUAUGCAGAGUAAGGCAAUGGUUCGUUAUGAUGGAAAUGUCUUCUGGCCUCCUCCAGCCAAGUUCCGAAGCUCCUGUAAGAUCGACAUCACAUUCUUUCCCUUUGACGACCAAAUAUGUAAGAUGAAGUUUGGUUCCUGGACAUAUGAUGGAUUUCAAGUAGAUAUAACAAAUAGAACGGCUCAGGUCGAUCUGUCAAAUUAUGUCUACAGCGGGGAAUGGGAACUCAUCUCAAUUUAUGGAGUUCGAAACGAGGUCAUAUACCAGUGUUGUAAUAUUCCAUACCCGGACGUGACGUUUACAAUAAUCAUGCGCAGAAAGACGCUUUACUACUUGUUCAAUAUAAUUUUCCCUUGUUUGUGGCUCACGAUUCUGAGUUUACUUGGUUUCUGGCUGCCCCCUGACAGCGGAGAGAAGAUCACCCUAGGCAUUACGGUCUUACUCGCUUUCUCUGUGUUCAUGCUACUAAUUGCUGAAAAUAUGCCAGCCACAUCUGAAUUCGUUCCUUUGAUUGGUAUUUAUUUGACCGUGACGAUGGGAAUGACGUCAUUAUCCAUUAUUCUAACAGUGUUUGUUCUUCAGUUACAUCACGUGGGCCCACAUCAGCGACCAGUGCCAAGAUGGCUGCGGUUUUUGUGUGUGGAUAUUUUAUCAAGAUUCAUGUGUAUGCGUCAGUCCCAGAUUCCACAGCCUUUUGUCGACGAAUUCCGCAAAGACGACAUGUGUUUAACGACUUUUUUUGAAAACGUAGAAAAUGGAAACACCACGAGUACAUGUAAUGGAAAUUUGCAACAAAAUUCCAAUAACACAAUAAAUAAUUACCAGAAUGAUAAAUAUCAUAUUGAAAUGGAUAAAGACAAAACACAUCAGAAGAUUACGAAUCAUUUAAAACUGUUAGUGGAGAAACAGGACUACGAAGAGAACCAUCAGGGGAUCGUACACGAGUGGCAGUUUGUCGCUCACGUGAUGGACAGAGUUCUCUUCUGGAUUUUUUUAUUUGCUGCAGUUAUAUCAUCUAUAUUAAUUCUAGUUGUACAACCUUUAUUAAAACCCCCACUACAUUGAACGCCAAAUAUUUCAUUUUCUUGCCAUAAAUAUUCAUUCACAAAGUAAAACGUACAUAAGGCGCCAUAUUAAAUAAACAUUGAAAACUUUGAAUUCGUUUUCUAAAGUUGAUCUUAAUGAUCAUUGCAAAAAUUAACACAUUUUAGAUGUUCUGUCAUGUUUAAUAAAUGAUAUGUAUAAUGUUACAUAAUUAUUUUGCAGAUUGAAAAAAACAGUAAAAUUUUAAGCAAUUUACUAGAACAAAAAAGUACAGUGUUACAGAUUGAAUUUGUGGUUUAUUUUCUAAUCGGUACAUACUCAAGUAUUUUUGUCAAAGAUAUGACAUACCUAACAUAAUGCAUGUAUAUCUCUUCAUAUUAUAUAUAAAGGUAUUAUCAUCUACUUAAACAGUUGUCAUACUAUCAGUAAAAUUAUCACAUUCAUGAUCACUUGUUAAUAGAAAUUCGACUACUGUAAUUAAAAAAUGUGUUAUUUUGUGUAAUAAACUUUCAAAUAUAACAUUAUUUAGGUUUUCAAAACGUAUUAUCUGUAACCCUUUUGCGAGCACAGUUUGGACUA